AUGGGAGCUCGGGAGGAGGAGGACGCUCCGCUACCAAUUGAGGGCGUCGUCGACAACCGCGGGCAGCCGAUCUUCUCCCAGGCCGCCGUCGGUGGCUGGCAUUCUGCUGCCUUCAUCAUCAUAGCAUCGCCCGCCACCGCCCUCUUCCUCUGCUUCUGAGCGAGACUCGAUGACCACUAGUGACCAAAACUUCGUCACAUCGUUGCACUGAAGGGGCCGAGGUAUUGCAGUGGUGGCGCUCUUUCUGGAGUCUGACGUCAGCGGCAGUCGGGAGAGCUGCCUCCCCUCCCAAUUUCAGACUGCGGUUUUCUUCUUCGCGUUGUACUUGUUGGCUGUCGCGCAGGGCGGCCACAUGUGCGACAGCCUUCGGGACCAACCAACUCGACAGCAACGACCCAGAAGAGUGCAAGUCCGAGAGCUCCUCCUUCAACUGGCUGUAGAUCUCCAUUGGCAUGGGGUUUGCAGUGUUACUGAUGUCUUACAUCCAGGACUUCUCUUUCAUCCUCUUCUUGGCUAGCACGAGGUGUUGAAUCUGAAGGAUCUUGUGUUGAGAUAGAUGAAGAAUGACAAAACAUAAUCAGAAUAGAUUGAAACCAUACUUGAAUCCAUGAAGGCGCAAGUACGAGGAUGACCUUUUAGAUUUGCACAAGAGAGUCAUCCAAUGACUUGUUCUAAAGAUAUGAGAUGUUCUAAGAGUAACAAUGUGUGACCUGAGGACCAUGACCCUCUAUUUAUAAAUAAGAGAUGGUUAGCCUGUUGGUGUCCUUUUCUAAUUUAGUUCAUCAUAAAAUUGAAAUAAGAUAGUCUCUACACAUUUAUAUUUAUGCCUAUACUUAUGAGAGAGGUCAUAAUCACAAAUACUUAAACUUUAAUGAAUUACUUUAAGUAGGAUUAAUUUAAUGAUAGUCUCAUAAUAUAUAAUUCAUAUAUAUAAUUAUCUACAUUGAGAUUAAUUCUAACAAUCUCUCACUUGGAUUAAAUAUAUAUGAUAACUUGAUAUUGUACAUUAUGACCUUAUGAGCUCAAAAUAUUUGCUAUCAUUGCCAAUGACAUCUUCAAGAAUCUCAUUCAUCAUUAUACCAAUAUAGAACUAAAAAGAUUUUUGUUCACAUUUUUUGUGUGAUUGAAUCCAACAAUAAUCACGUAUAUUGAUAUAAUGAACGACAUAGAUCAAGUAUGGAUGUGUAGUAUGAAAAUUAUAUGAAGUAUGACUCAUACACGUACAUUUUCAACUGUCCUCUUUAUUUCGAAUGGAGAUCAAACAAUCAUAUUCAGAAUGAAAAUAAUCAUAAACUUUAUUCAUACAUGAAAUAGCUAGAGUAUAUGUCUAUAACUAUAUGAGCAUCAAAAUACAAACUCCCACUGAAAUUACAUAUCUUCAUGAAGUAUUACACCCAUAUGAGCAGCAUGUUCAUGAAAAACUAUUGGUGACAGUUCCUUAAUAAGUUGA